AUGUCAGUGAUUUAUUACCAAAAGCGUUUAAUUGACAUCAACAUUAAUCCAUCAAAUCAAAUGGUAAUGGAGCAAUAUCCCGAAGAAACUGUCAUUAAUAACAACUUCAUCAAAAAAAAUGAAACCUCCUCCGAAAAAUGGAAAUCAUUAUCAGAAUCCCAAGAAGAUUCCGAGAAUUGUCUUUCCACUGGUUUCGACUGCAAUAUUUGUCUAGAUUCCGUCGAAGAUCCUGUGGUAACACUCUGCGGCCACCUCUAUUGUUGGCCAUGCAUAUACAAAUGGAUCAAACACCAAAACAGUUCACCCGAAACCUUAGUCAACCACAACCCACAAUGCCCUGUCUGCAAACGUGACAUCUCUCAAAAAACCCUAGUUCCGUUAUACAGUCUAGGCCAAACCACAAAACCACAGCCAGAUGAAAAGGGUCUAGAUUUAAGGAUGGUGAUCCCACGUAGACCCUUGAGUCCGAGCUGCGGUAUGGUUAGGACUCCGACUGAAUUAAUUAAUCACCGCGUAUACCAACAAACACCGAACGUGAUAAACCCUACAAGUCCUACUACUGGGAUGCUAGGGGAGAUGGUGUAUGGGGGUAUUUUUGGGAAUACACAAACGUCUUUAUAUGUGUAUCCCAAUUCGUAUAAUUUAGUGGCGGUUAGUACCCAACGGGCAAGAAGACAUGCGAUUCAAGCGGAUAGAUCACUUGGACGUAUUUGGUUUUUUCUUUUAUGUUGCAUAGUAUUGUGCCUUGUUUUGUUUUAAUUUGGUGAUAUGAGUCUAAUCUUGUUGUGCAUUUUUGUACAUUUGUAAAAAGUUAUGGGUAGUAAACGAUUAACUUCAUGGGUUUGACUUCAGUUAAUUUUGGUUGCGGGCCUUGGUAUUGAAAUUUAUUGGGCUUUUUGACUUUGGAUUUUCUUAGUAGGCCACUUAAUCUUUGAU